AUGAAGUAUACCUAUACGUCGUACAACCUUAUGGUAAUCGAAUCGAACAAUAUUCCAAUGCAAUGGAAUAUUAUGGCAGCAAUCUCUACCUGGCUAUUCCUUGCAGGAUUUAUAUUUUUACCAGGUACAUUUACUUCUCUACAAAGUAUUCAAUCUCAAACUCGUACAGGAAACAUAGUUAAGUCUUUUACUGCGAGCAAUAUUGUACUCCUUGUAUUUUCAAUAAUAUUUUGCGUAAUUGCAGCGAGUAUAAUAGGAGCCUUAUGGCUCCGGUACCAUUAUAAUUAUAUUUGGCUAUUACAUCGCUUAUUGUAUCCUUUAGUAUUGAAUUCCUUAAGCGGAUUAGCUACUAUCCUAAUUGGAGUCUAUAUUUCACAUAAUGGACACUGGUCUAAGACGGCGAUAUACACAAUUAGCUUAGUAUCUUCAACUCUGGUUUCUACGAUCUUAAUAUCUAUUAUAUAUGAGUUCUGGUUUCUUAGAAGGAUUUCCCACUAA